UUCGAAAUAGCUCUAUAUUUACGUAUAUACUGUAUUUACUUUAUAUUCACCUCUCUUACACAAGCUUGACUGAUGUAGCCUCCAUGACCUAACACUUGAUUUAUUAAAUAUGAGCAAAAUAAUCACUGUUUUUCCCCCUUUGUGUAAUAUAAAGUGUCUCAUCAUGUUUUCUUUUUUUUUUUCUUUUUCUGAAGACCACAAAGUCACUCUUCACCUAUAAACACUUGUGCGCUGAAUCUCCACUCUCACCUAAAAGAUGUUUGGCAACCCAAAACAUUUGUGAAAAAAAAAAAUGUAAAUCAACCACAGCAGGUUUCAGUUUGACUGAGAAGAUGAACGUCAGUAAAACAGAUAUUGUGAGAUGGCAGAUGGUCUUAACUGUGUGCGCUGUUUUUUCACACCUGAAAACUAAAAAUAUUUACUGGAUACACAACCAUUUUAAAACCCAAGCUCUGUUUUGUGGUGAAAUCUACUUACAUAAACCAAAAAAGAAAAAAAUAUGACAUUUCUUUCUUUUAUUUCAUUAUCAUUAUUAUUAUUAUUUUAAAGUUCAGAGCAUGUGUCUGUAAAAUAGGUGGGCCGAUGCUGUUGUGGGAGGGUUUACAAACCAAAUGAACAGGUUGAGAGUUUUUCAGUAGAUGGUCUUAUUAGAUCAUACUUUUCUGUGAACAGUUUAACCAAAUGUUUCAUAUAUUUUUGCUUCAUUUUUGCUGGUGGCACCUGAUCGGUGUGUUUGGUGCUGAAACUAAUGGAAUACAGUCAGUGACAGUGACGGAGGGAGAUUCUGUCCUACUACACAAUGACUUUACUGAAAUCUGUGAAAACGACCACUUACUGUGGAGAAUUAGAAAUGAAACUCUCAUUGCUAAAAUUAACAAACAGAAGCAAUUCCUUGCAACAUCUGAUGUUCUUGACGGGAGAUUCAGAGACAGACUGAAGCUGGACGAUCAAACUGGAUCUCUGACCAUCACAAACAUCUCAACUGAACACUCUGGAGAUUAUGAACUAGAGAUAAGUGGAAAAAAAGCAUCAUCAAAAACAUUCAGUGUUUCCGUCUAUGCUCCUCUGCCUGUUCCUGUCAUCAGCAGUAACUCUUCACAAUGUUCUUCAUCAUCCUCUUCCUCAGAGCAGAAUUGUUCAUUGGUGUGUUCAGUGGUGAAUGUGGGUCAUGUGACUCUCUCCUGGUACAAAGGAAACAGUUUAUUGUCCAGCAUCAGUGUGUCUGAUCUCAGCAUCAGUCUCUCUCUACCUCUGGAGGUGGAAUAUCAGGAUAAAAACAGCUACAGCUGUGUGCUCAACAAUCCCAUCAGCAACCAGACUCAACAUCUGGACAUCACUAGACUCUGUCACACAUGUGAAGUGCUGAUCUCAGCUGCUGGAUCUCUGUUGAUUGUAGCUUCAGUCGUGAUCUUCUGCAUCUGCAGGAAACCUAGAGAAACUGACAGAGAAGUUGAGACUUGUGAAGAAAUGAUCACUUAUGCUGAGCCAACUUUCUACAAAAGAAAAGCACAAUCGAGAACUGAAGAGGAGACUCAUGUAGCGUAUGCAUCUGUCGCCAUAAGAAGAUGAUCAUUCUAAGAACCUGCUCCAGCUGUGUGAUCACUCUCACUUAAACUUCUGUAUUCAGUCUAUUAUUGAGUUUUGAGAUUGUUCAAAAUUAAUAAAGACAACUUGAUAUAAAACCCACAAUACUUUAAUUAAUCUCUGGAACACAAAUUAGUUAUUUUUAAUGUUCUAUUAUCUUUUUUUUCAUCCAUUAAUUUACUUGAUAUGGAAGAAUGAUCCUAAUUAUUUCUUGCACAUCAGAUAUGCAGGUUUAAGUUUCUAAGUUUAGCAUAUUUGAUUUGCUCAACACAUGUGCAUCAAAGUUUCUAUGUGAAUCAAAGCAUAAUGUGUUUAUGAACUAUUUGGAGCUUGAAGAGGUUGCUUGCGUGGACUUUCAGUGGAUAAUGUAAACCGAUGAGAAUAUUAAACACCUUCAUGUGUGUUCUGGAGAUGAACAAAAGUCUUAUGGGUUUGGAGCGACAGGGUGAGUAUCUGAUGAUAGAAACUAUCCCCUUAAAGUGUAAAAACUAUGUGUGUGUAUCUCCAAAUGCAAAACAUAGAUGCACACUACUCAUAAAAAAGUAGUCAAAGUAGACUCAUUCUGUACAGACGGGUUUUUGCAUGAGCAUGUCUACUGCUAGACGUUGGUGUUUGAUGCCAGUGUGCGUCUGAGGCGUCAGGAGUGUGUCUGUGUGAACAGCGUGUGGUUGAAGGUGUGUGUGUUUUUUUUCCAUCCCUGCUCAUGAUACUCACAGUUUGAAUUCUACUUUACAGAAAACACCUUAAAAUACAACUGUUGAAGUACAGUGCAGCUUUACAAGAAAAAAUGAAUUAAUACAAUACUUAUUAACAGUUUUUGUCUUAUUUUGCUAACAAAGGUAAAACAAAUCAGAACAGUUUCCCAAUAACACAGAUCAGCAUUUCAUUCUUGAAUGAUGCUUUUGCUUUUUAACAAACUGUCAAACAGACAGUUAUUUAUGAUGAACUGUCAUUCACACAUUUAUAGUAAACGUAUCAAUUGUCAGUUGAAUGAAUAAUUAUAUGAUUAUCUCACUAAGACUUGUCUUAAAAUACUGCAGAAUUUCCUUAUAACCAAUGUUAUUUUCCACUAAUUCAUUCAUACACAAGUUUCCCAAAGGAUUUGUGCAACACCCAAAGAGAUAUGAAAAUGCACACAUAGACAUAGUCCACAGAUUAAUUACAGCAAAUAAAGUGAACAAUAACAAUGAUCAUUUUUGUACUUCAUUUUUGUUAUGGUAAUCAUAAAUCCAUUGUUUAAGUAUAACAUUAAUUUAACAUAUAUGUGGUUAUAAGGUGGUUUUUGCUAUGUGGUUACUAAAGGUACUUUUGGUGGUUGGUUGUUUACUGUUAAAGAGCCCACCUUGAAUCUUCACGGGUGCCUUCCUCUUCUAGACAUACACUUGCAAACUUUCCUGAGCACUUCCUUCUUGGGGAAUCCCAGGCUCUGUUUCCUCAAGUGGAUGAGGGAUGUUUAUAUAGACAGACUUUCGUCCCUUAGAUUACACUGUGUGCAAACUUCAGAGAGCUCUGUAUACCACAAUGCAACACGACUGUGACGUCAAAACAUCAUGCUUACUCCCACAUUGCAUAACUUUAUAUGAGUAUGAAUAAUUUAGGGAUUUAACCGCACAGUACUCUGUUAUGCAGUUGUGGCUUAUUAUGAUAAUGUUUUAUUUGUUUGUGUAAUUGUAUGUAAUUUCUCCAGCAGCCCCAGCAUGUCUAUAAGCAUACGCUCACAAACAAAUAUGAAGAGCUUAGAUGCAAAAGCCACUAAGUGUCAUUGGAAAUUUUCAUCUAAAAUGAUAAUUUUUAUCAAGCUUCUAUGUUUAAUUCAAUUGUUUCACCUUAAUGAGACAGAAAGGGAUUUAUGCAUAUGAAAAUAUGCAACUAUAACAAUUACUGAACCUAAACAUAGGAGCCUGCUAAAUGUUUUAAUUUUUAGAAGAACAUUUCAGAUGGCACUAAGAGGAUUUUGCAUCUGAACUCUUUGUAUAUUUAAAUAUAAUAUAGCAUUUUUGAACAUAAAAUAAAGUUAUAAUAUA